AUGAGCGGCAGAGGCAAAACCGGAGGUAAAACCAGAGCGAAGGCCAAGACUCGUUCAUCCAGAGCCGGACUUCAGUUUCCCGUCGGCCGCGUUCACAGACUUCUUCGCAAGGGUAACUAUGCACAACGCGUCGGUGCUGGAGCUCCAGUUUAUCUCGCCGCUGUGCUCGAGUAUCUUACUGCUGAGAUCCUGGAGUUGGCUGGAAACGCCGCUCGUGACAACAAGAAGACUCGCAUCAUUCCUCGCCAUUUACAGCUGGCAGUGCGUAACGACGAGGAGUUGAACAAACUCUUGGGUCGCGUAACCAUCGCUCAGGGCGGUGUGUUGCCCAACAUCCAGGCUGUGUUGCUGCCAAAAAAGACCGAAAAGCCCGCUAAAGCAAAAAUAGAACUUGAAACGAAAAUGAGCGGCAGAGGUAAAACCGGUGGUAAAGCCAGAGCAAAGGCUAAGACUCGGUCAUCCAGAGCCGGGCUUCAGUUUCCCGUCGGCCGUGUUCACAGACUUCUUCGCAAGGGAAACUAUGGAGAGCGCGUAGGUGCCGGAGCUCCAGUUUAUCUCGCCGCUGUGCUCGAGUAUCUUACUGCUGAGAUCCUGGAGUUGGCCGGAAACGCCGCUCGUGACAACAAGAAGACUCGCAUCAUUCCCCGCCAUUUACAGCUGGCAGUGCGUAACGACGAGGAGUUGAACAAACUCUUGGGUGGCGUGACCAUCGCUCAGGGCGGUGUGUUGCCCAACAUUCAGGCUGUGUUGCUGCCAAAAAAGACCGAGAAGCCCGCUAAGGCAAAGUAA